AUGUCUUUCCUGGCCGGAGCAGAAUCUGCUAGAGAAAAAUUUCAAGAAGACGUAACUAAUCCGAGCCGGAUCUACAGAUUAACGGCAACCGAGACGCGCGAGCUCGAGCAGCGUAUGCAAAAGCAACAGAUGAAGGUCUUCUUCGGUCUCUUCAGCAAUUUGGUUGAUCAUUGCUUCAUGUCAUGUGUCGAUGACUUCACCACAAAAUCACUAACGGGUCGUGAGUCCGGCUGCGUAACACGCUGCGUCCAGAAGCACAUGGCCUUGUCACAACGUCUCAGCGAACGCUUCCAAGAGUACAAUGCCCAGAUGACUCAACAACAGCAACAACAGGGUGGAUUCCGGUAG